CGCCCCUUCCCCCGCCUCCGAAGGAAACACGGUCCUCUCCGGUUCGGCUUCGGGCGAAAGCAAUGGCGUUAGCGCCGCCUCCGCUGGAACCGAGCGCGGACGCCGACAAGCUAAGCUACGAGAUCUUCUCCAUCCUCGAGAGUAAGUUCCUCUUCGGCUACGACGACCCCAAUCUCCUCUCCUCCUCCGCCUCGUCGGCUGCCGCUUCCGCGCCCCGGCCCGCCGGGAGGGUCCGCAUCCUCUCCAUCGACGGCUGCGGCCGCCCCUCCGACGCCCUCCUCGCCGCCGUCUCCCUUGCCCGCCUCGAGUCCUCCCUCCGCCGCCGCUCCUGCGACCCCUCCGUCCGCGUCGCCGACUUCUUCGACGUCGCCGCCGGCUCCGGCGCGGGCGGCGUCCUCGCCGCCAUGCUUUUCACCCGCGGGCCCGACGGCCGCCCCCUCUACGCGGCCGACGAGGCGCUGCGGUUCCUCCUGUCGCAGACCGGACGGUCGUCAUCGGGGCAUUUCGCCCCCGCGAGGCGGGGCCCGCUCGGGUGGCUGUUCCGGCGACGGCCUGGGGCGGUCCUCCGGCGGGUUUUCGGCGACGCGACCCUGCGGGACACGGUGAAGCCGGUACUGGCGCCGUGCUACGACCUGGCGACGGGGGCGCCGUUCCUCUUCUCGCGGGCGGACGCCGUGGAGGCGGACGGGUACGACUUCCGGAUCCGGGAAGUGUGCGCCGCCACGUGCGCGGACCCGGCAUUGGGUGCGGCGCCAGUGGAGAUGAGGUCCACGGACGGACGGACCUGGAUCGCCGCCGUCGGGGGCGGGGUGACGAUGGGCAACCCGGCUGCCGCGGCCAUCACGCACGUGCUCAACAACAAGCGGGAGUUCCCAUUCGCCGCGGGGGUGGAGGACCUCAUGGUGCUGUCCCUGGGAAGCACCAGCGGCGGCAGCCUGGGGGCAGAGGGGAGGAGGAGGAGGCAGGUGCCGUCGGCGGCAGAGCUCGUGAGGAUCGCCGGGGAUGGCGUCGCCGACAUGGUGGAUCAAGCGAUUGCCAUGGCAUUUGGGACUAACGGGAUCAGUCAUUACGUGCGGAUUCAGGCUAAUGGAUUCGGAUCGGGCAAUUAUACCCCCAAAUCAAGCAACGCCACGAAAUUGCUGAGUUCAUUGGAGGAAACGUUGUCGCAGAAGAACGUGGAAUCGUUGUUAUUUAGGGGGAAGAAGAUGUCGGAUCAAAGCAACGGCGAGAAGAUCGAGUGGUUCGCGAGCGAGCUCGCCAAAGAGGACGAGCGGAGGAAGAAGAGUCGGAUUCCCGUGGUAGUGUUGACGCAAGUCGUGUCACCGAGGACUUCCUCCACGGCGGCGUCCAUCGUAAUCGACGGAGAUAGAGAAAAGACAUGAGUAAGCCUUCCAGGAGACCGAGUGCUUGGCGGCCGCAGAGCGUUGGAGGCGUACACCGUGUACAUGUGCUUAGAUAUGUAAUUUAUCCUUGUGUCCUUUUGUUUUUUCUUGGCUUUCUUUGGUGUACGGGAAGUCAGCUCGAGCUUUGGCGAAACGAGAGUUUAAUGGCUUCCACUGCUCUCACUCGCCCAGUGUCGGAUUCAAGAUGGAGACACGCAGAGAGGAGUCCUCAGAACUCGCGCUGUUAAAACAAGCCUAAAAUACGGCCCUCUCCCUCGUGGGUCCCGCGGUACGGCUUCCGCAAUUGGCGGCACGAGGAGGCCAUUACCGAGUGCUUGAUGGGACCCGCCUGUAGAUGCGAGUGCCGGUGACAGGAGAGACGGUGCAUGCAAAGAGACCACCACCCGAGACGGCGAAAAGGUCGAGAAAGGAGACGGUAAACCCACCCACGCUCGUCCGUACCCAAGCCAACCUGAGCCCGAAUUCAGCAGUCCAGCGUAGAUUAACACCCACACGCGCGAGCCGUAAUCGGAUGUCUGCAAUAGAUCAGAUACAAAAACAAGAAGAAUCUCCACCAUGAAAUCCAACAGAUAGAUUACAGGUCUUUUAAUGGCAUUGCAGAACACAGGCUGCGCCUUGAUAGCUUCAUGGAUUGCCUCAGAAUUCAAGCAUAUUUGGAUCUUUAUGGAGUAC